ACUCUCGCUGAUUCCCUUUAUAUCGUGGACUGCGGCGCUGGUGUAGGCUGUCUGCGCUAGACUGGAGGUCAGGUCCGCUCUUGAACCCAUCUUCUGAUACCUUCACUGACGACAAGGUGAGCCAUGCCCUCUGUUCCUUCCAGUACAGACUCGGGACCUGUUCCCGCUAUCUGCCCCCAUGCCGCUAAAGUCCUAAAUACACAGACUCGCCACAGUGGAGAUGCCAUGCCGAAUUCGGUGGCCAUCAUUUCUGCAGACACCCUUCUGGGACAGAAGUCCUUUUCUGAGACCCACAUGAAUGGCGCUGCUAAAACCGUGAACAGCAGUUACAAGUUGUCUGCAAAGGAGUCAGCCCAAGCAAACGGAGACCAGGACGGCCACAAGGCUAAGAACGGGUCGUCCCAUGAGAACGGGGGCAGCAGUGAGAAUGAGCUGGACAACGGAGACGUGGCCAUCGGUGAGAGGAACUGGAUCCGCCCCGACUUGCCCAGUAAAUGCACCUGGAGGCUGGGCAUAUCCAAUGCUGAGUCACCCCAUAGUCACAUGACACGCACCAAGACUCCCAGUAUCCUCCCCAACAUCCUCAAGCGGAUCGGAGACACACCUCUUGUUCGUCUGAACAACAUCCCCAAAGCCUACGGCCUCAAGUGUGACAUUUUGGCCAAGUGCGAGUUCUUCAACGCGGGAGGCAGUGUGAAAGACAGGAUUGCCUUGCGGAUGGUGGAGGAUGCCGAGAGAGAGGGGCUCCUCAAACCAGGAGACACAAUCAUCGAGCCCACAUCCGGCAACACAGGUAUUGGCCUGGCCCUGGCAGCUGCAGUGAAAGGCUAUCGCUGCAUCAUCGUCAUGCCUGAGAAGAUGAGCAUGGAGAAGGUGGAUGUGUUGAGAGCUCUUGGGGCAGAAAUUGUGCGCACCCCCACCGCUGCACGCUUCGAUUCACCAGAGUCUCACGUGGGUGUCGCCUGGCGUCUCAAGAACGAGAUCCCCAACUCGCACAUCCUCGACCAGUACCGUAACCCCAGCAACCCCCUGGCUCACUAUGACACCACGGCCGAGGAGAUCCUGGAGCAGUGCGAUGGCAAAUUGGACAUGUUGGUGGCUGGAGCCGGCACAGGCGGCACCAUCACUGGUAUCGCCCGGAAGUUGAAGGAGAGAUGCCCCAACAUCAAGAUUGUGGGCGUGGACCCCGAGGGCUCGAUACUUGCUGAACCAGAACAUUUGAACAUCACCAAUAAGACUCAAUAUGAAGUGGAGGGCAUUGGAUACGACUUCAUCCCCACAGUGCUGGACCGAUCUCUGAUUGACUUGUGGUACAAAUCCACUGACGAAGAGUCCUUUGCCAUGUCACGCAAGCUGAUCAGGGAGGAGGGGCUUCUGUGCGGUGGCAGCUCUGGCACAGCCAUGGCAGCGGCCGUGAAGAUGGCCCAGGAGCUGAAGGAGGGCCAGCGCUGUGUGGUCAUCCUGCCCGACUCCAUUCGCAACUACAUGUCCAAGUUCCUGAGUGAUAAGUGGAUGUGCGAGAAAGGUUUCCUCAGCCCAGAGGACCUGAUGGUCUCCAAACCCUGGUGGUGGAACUUGACUCUGCAGGGUCUGAACCUGUCUGCCCCCCUCACCGUCCUGCCCUCAGUGUCCUGCCAGAAGACGAUUAAGAUCCUGAAGGAGAAGGCCUUCGACCAGGCCCCAGUUGUUGACGAAUCAGGUACGAUCCUGGGAAUGGUGACUCUGGGGAACAUGCUGUCCUCUGUGCUGGCGGGGAGGGUCAGGCCCUCAGAUCCUGUCAGCAAGGUGCUCUACAAGCAGUUCAAACAGGUGCGCCUGACAGACAACCUUGGAAAGCUGUCCCGUAUCCUCGAGACAGACCACUUUGCUCUGGUGGUGCACGAGCAGAUCCAGUAUAUGGCUGACGGGUUGGCUUGCUCGAGGCAGAUGGUGUUUGGCGUGGUGACAGCGAUUGAUCUCCUGAACUACAUCACCACACGUGAGCGGCGGGAGCGCUCGCUGUCAGAGUGCUCCCUUUCUGACGACAUGUCUCAGUGACCACUUCCUGUUUCAGCCAUCAGGCAUGGUGACGGCCACUUGUAAGGAUAUACGUACAGUAGCUUGAUGAUGCGCACCUAGGAGAGGCCGCGAUUAAUAGUCUUAAAUCAUAUUUCUAAUGCACCUUGUUUGGGUUACAACUGUUAUUUUACCAUCUCUGAAGGUAAUUUACUGUAUCCUGCAGUUUAGGUUUAUGCUUUGGUUGUAAAUAUACAAUAGUGCCAUAUGUAGUUUUCAGCUAAGAUUUAAGGUAUUGAAAUCAAAGACUCCAUCUGUCUUGCCUUGAUUAUUUCAUCUUGAAUGUAACUUGAUUCUCAUCACUAUGGUAUUACUUUUUUUUUUUUUUUUUUUUUUUUUUUUAACACAAAUCAGUAGGAAUGCCUUUAACCUGGAAUGCUGUGGUUUUAUGUUUCUGUUUACCGUGUAGUUAAUGGUUAUCAUGUUGCCAAACAUUGUUGAUGAAGUAACGAUUGUGCAUACUGUAAAACAUCCACAUUUCUUGGCAUCAAAACAUAUGAGAAUGAUUUAUUUGAGAACAGGUGUUGGUGAAUGGCCAUAAUUGAACAUAUGGCACAAUUAUGUUUUAUUUUCCUCAAACACAUUUGGACAGCUGGCAUUCCCAUGUGUUCUCAUUGAUUCUCGGAUGCCUGCUUGUAUUUCCUGGCAGCACAACCAAGCAGAAAAAGGUUAUGUAAAGAGGCAUGGCACUACACUCUGUGCAUUAUGCACUUUUUUUUAGUCUGUAGUUUGGCUUGAAGGCUCAUUUGUAGCUCUAUACAGGCAGGUGGAGUAAUGUCGCCACCUAGUGGUUCAAAAUGCAAAAAAAAAAAAAAAAAAAAAAAAAAAAAAAAAAUCAAGUACUACUAAUCAAUGACAAGACACGAAAUGAUUAAAGUUAAGAUGAAAUUACAGGGUAGCUGAAUGUACAGACUGAUGUGUUUGGCCUAAAACCAAACUAGAACCCAAACAUUUAGAUUGGUGUUGGGUAUUUUCUUUUGUAUUGAAAGGAGACUAACUGAGCUGAUGGUGGCUGAUGCAAAAAGGUUUGGCAGGUCUUUUAUAGAGGCCUGCCUGCACCUCGGGCAGGAUGAUAGACGGGUUAUUAUGCGUAUGAAUUUUGCCUGAACUAUGUUGUUGUUGUUUUUUUUUUUUUUUAAAGUGAAAUCACUAUGUGUGGCGGAAGCUGAAGCGAAGUACAGAACGUCCAAAGGAACUUAGAAAUAUGGAAAUAUGAGAGGGAUAUGUUUGUUGAAAGGUAAUGUUUUGUUUUGUUUUGUUUUUCCAAGCCAAAUAUUACCUGCCUGUUAUUUAUCUCUUUGCUUAGGGUCCAACUUUAAGCUGUUUAUUUUCUGUUCUCUCCAGCCCAUGAGUGUUGUGAUGUAAUUAUUUUAUCGCUGCUUCCAAUAAAGAUUUGUUUCUGUACUGCUGA